AUGGCGGCCGCUUUACCCAGGGCGCCCCGCGGUUGUGAACACGGUCUGGCCCGGGCAAGGGGGAGGAGGGCGGGGCCUGCGGGGCGCCUGCGCGCUGCGAGCCGGGCGGCCAUUGUCACAGGAGCUGGUCCCUGGGAGGAGACUGAGGGAUUGGAGGGGGUUGCAAUCUCAGGCUACUUCCCCCGGGCGAUGAAGCGGAGGUCAUGGCGGAGGUGGAGCCGCGAGACGAGGAGGAGGUUCCCGGACGGCCGGGAGCAGCUGCCGCCCGGCUCCCAGGGAUCGGCGACGCCGGGCCGUGUGCUGAGCCCGGCGGUGGCGGUGCCGGCGGCGCCUGGUAACCGGCAGGUCCUGGCCUGGGGGGAGGGGGAGCCGGCGGGGCUGGAGCGGCUGGGAUACCGGGAGCUGCCACCGGGGGAACCGGCGGGACCGCUGCCACCGCCCUUUGCCGGCUUGGCGGGCUGGGAGUGCGGGUUUGCGCCGGCGGCGAGUUUGCCUCAGGACCCCGGCGGGCGGGAGGAGGAGGAGGAGGAGGCGGUGUCACCGGAGCAGGACAACGAGCUCUUCAUCUGCUCCAUCUGUGGCCGUGGUGUCUCCGGAGCUUCGCCCUUUGACCAGCACCAGCGGGUCCACGCCAACUACCACUGCGCCACCUGCGGCAGAGGCUUCAGCCGCUCGUCCAACCUGUCCCGGCACCAGCGGCUGCACCGGCAGGAGCCCUCGUUCGGCUGCCCCCGCUGCAGCAAGUCGUUCCACCAGGCGUCGGACUUGGAGCGGCACCAGCUGGUGCACACCGGCUACCGCUGGCACAGAUGCGGAGAGUGCGGCAAGACUUUCACCCAGUCCUCCAACCUGGCCCGGCACCGCCGGAUCCACUCGGGCGAGCGGCCCUUCACCUGCGCCGUCUGCGGGAAAGACUUUAACCGACUGUCCAGCCUGGAGCAGCACCAGCGCGUCCACACCGGUGAGAGGCCCUUCCGCUGCUCGCUCUGCGGCAAAGGCUUCAACCAGUCCUCCAACCUGGCCCGGCACCAACACCUCCACAGCGGCCACAGACCCUGCAGCCAGCCCUUUGCCGAGAGCCCGGCACUCCACUCGCGCCAGCGUCCGACAGGCAGAGACAGUGCGCCCUGAGAGCCCCAUCGCCACGCUACAACCCCCGCCAGCGCCGCCGUCCACCGGAGCGCUUCUGCACGUCAAUCCCUCGCUGGGGGUAGAACCCGAACUGGAUGGAGCUUGUGGCAAAAAGCCAAACGCUCACAUUAAA